AUGACACUAGUCGAAGAAAUAACAAAUAAAUAUGACAGAGACUCAUACUUCACUUCAUCAAUAAAUCUCCCGUCCAAAUCAAAACACAAAUCAACUUCUCAAGAUAAUAGGCCACGUAAAAGACUAGCACCAGGAACUUAUAAUUUAGCCACCAUUGAAUCAAAUUUACAUGGAACAGGAUUGACUGAAGAUCUAGCUGAACAGAAAAACUCAAUGAAAAGAUUUGAUGAGUUGGAUAAAGAGAAUUAUAAUGAAAGUUCGAGAAUAGAAUUACCUAAAACUGGAUUGUUAUUCGAAUAUAAUAGAUUUGAAUCAAACUCAACAGUUUUACAGAAUGAGAAAAAAUUAGGUCCUAAAGGUGGAAGGUUAAAACAAGGUAACACUGCACAAGUCAAGAAGAUUUUAGCAUCAAGAAAACAAUUGAGUAAUUAUUUAGAUGAAGAUGAUAAAAAUGCUUCAAUUUUGUUCAAUGUCGUUUCCAAGAAAAAAAAUCUACAAUUUAUUGUCCCUAACAAGAAAUUAUGCUCUAUUUGUGGUGAUAAUGCGCCUGGCUCUUGCGUGAGGUGCAAUUCUAGAGUUUGCAGUGUAAAAUGUUCAACUGUUCAUAAUGAGACUAGAUGUUCAAAUUAUUAUGGAUGA